UUCCUCUCUUUCUCUCUUCCUUGAUGCUGGUGGUAGGUGUAUAUUAUAUGGUAGUUGGUUUCUAACCAACAACCUAGUGCAUCAUUAUCAGUCAAGUAGCUCCAAAAAAAUAAAAUAAAUUAAAAUGAUAGACGAGCGGAAUUUUCGAUCCUCCUAUUACGAAAAGGUCGGUUUUCGCAGUGUCGAGGAGAAAAAAUCCCUAGAGAUGCUUCUGCGCGAUCGGCCGUUCGACAAAGCAAAGCUCAAGCAAUUCUGUCUGAGGUUCACAGUGCCAGCAAUGUACAGGACUUUGGUUUGGAAAAUACUCUUCGGCAUCAUUCCCAUUUAUGAGGAAAGCCACGACUUUGUCAUGAAACAAAGGACCCAGGAGUAUCACGAUCUGAAAGAGGCUUUAAGAAACGCCAAAGUGGCAGACAACACCACCAAGCAGCAUCAAAUGUUUGUCAUGAUGUGGCUCUUGAGGUCCAGGAGGGCUAAAAUCGACAUGACCCUGCAGUUGGAGACACAAAUGCUCAAAGCAAUGUGCAGACUGGCGGAGAGUCUGUGGAGUAUCAGUGAAACCGAAAUCGAGGGAAAAAUGGUCGACAUGUACUGGAUCCUCAGUGGUUUUUUGGAUCAGGUACAAAAGUUCAACUGUGAGAUUGAGAGAUUGCGAGAGUGCAUGAGCUCUAUGCUGGAGAAAGAGGAUAAAGAGCUGCACAACCAUUUAACGAGCAUCGAGUGUCUUCAGAUCUUACCCUUAGAAUCGUGGUUCUAUUCUUGUUUUGCUGGAACAAUCAGUGAUUGUUCGAUUAUUAAAAUAUGGGACAAGAUUAGCGUUGGAGCUUACAGAAUUUUAGUAUUUGUGGCCAUAGUUAUGUUGACCACCACUAGACGAUGUAUCUUACGGUGCAACUCUGCUGACAGAGUCCUAGAAGUCAUUAACAAUAUAACAGAAGAAACGUCAGAAGUUAUUGUAAACAAAGCUAUCGAAAGCUGGCAGCAGAGUGGAUCGGUUAGUUUAUACUCUCAAAAUCCAACUCCUUAUACUAUAAAUACUUGAAUAAAAGAGUGCCUCAGAACAACUAUAUUUUUUACAUGUAUGUAAAUUUGUAGAAUUUAAGUUAAAGUAUUUUUAC